GCUCUUCGUCGCGUCGCGCGACCGUGUUUAUUGUUAUUGGCGACGGCACCGCGGCCGGCCGAGCGAAACCGCCACCGCGCAACAACAGUACCGGCAGUCACGUCGUCCGAAACGUACCCGUGUUCGCCCGCCGCGUUUGUCCUCGUCACACAGGUGAGUGCACUCAUUGUAUACGCCGUACCGUGUAAUAACGUUGUACGCAAUAUAAAUAACACACCUUCGACCGCGAGCAAAACACCGACUGCCGUACGGCCGCGAUAUUAUUAUUGCCGUCGUUGCUAUCGCCCCGUAAUAAUUAGGUGGAUACGCCGGACGCGUUGGGGUUUUUUUUUUUUUUUUGUUUUGUUUUUGAAAAAAAUUAAUUAUUAACUAUUACGCGAUACAAUUAUAGGAACCGUAUAGGAUAAUCGAAUAUACCGUAGGGGAUAGAGAAAAAGAAAAAAAAAAAAACGAGAAUUAAUCGUAUUUACCUGCGACCCGUCUCUUCCGCGCACGACGACGACGACGUCGGCGACGCGCGGUCGCGACUCGCGGUGUGGCGGCGUCAUGCGUCGCGGUCGCGCCGUCGUACCUAUUACGAGGGUAGAUUUUCAAAUUGCAGCGUUCCGCCGAACAAAAUGGUGGCGGGGAUAGUCCGACCUCCAUAGAACCCCCGAGUCAAUAACCUCUAAAANAAAAAAAAAAAAAAAAAAAGUAGUGCGAAAAAAAAAAAACAUUAACUAUUCGCCUGCAGCCCCGAGCUCGGUGCCCGCGUUUAAUAUUUAGGUCGUGUAAUGUUUGUUUGUUCGAUAAAAUAAUUCGUUACUCAACACCGUCGGCGUUAAGCGGUUAUCUCGCGUGCGUCCCCGAACCCAGCCGCCGGCAGUGACCCGUCCGGUGUCCUCGGUAGGUAGCUCGCGCCGCCCGCCUGGCCGGACGCAAAUUUACUAAUACCUACACCCGCCACCGGGUUGUGUUUAGGUCCGAGAGAUCCGACGAUGAUCGAGUUUGCCUACAUCGCCAACUCCAUCACCGCCACCACCACCGUGGUGGCCGUGGCACUGGUGCUGUGUCUGCCGGCGGCCAUGUGCGAGCCGACCAAGUGCACAAAGCCCGAACUAAAACAGUGUUACUGUGGCAAGACUACAUACGACCGACAGGAGCUAUACGCAGUCAACUGCACCGGGACAUCGCUGUCCACCACCCGUAGUCUGGAGGCACUCACGAAUCUGCCCGAUGAGACUGAAGUAAAUUAUUCAAUUUUGUGGAUGUGAACGUUUCUCGUUGCAUUGUUUUAGAAUUCGAUAUAGUCGUGGUUAGUGAUUACCUACUUAUAUUUAAUAUAUUACUGUCUAGGUGUUGAUAUUCACGGGCAACAAUUUGCAUGAACUGCCGUGCAACGUAUUUGGUGAUAAUGUUAACUUAAGUCAAAAAUUGAGGUUUGUGGACAUGUCUAACAACAAUAUAAAAGUAAUCAAAGGCAAGAGUUACCAUCACGUUUUGGCUGUCGAACGUUUGAUACUUAAUAACAAUAAUAUCGGAUUGGAUGGCAUUGGGUUUCAUCAUCCUAGGUGAGUUUUGGUUAUAUCACCUUCGGGUAGUAUCUAUCUAACCUAACCUAUUGUAUACAAAGCAGUUAGGUAAUAAAAUUGAAUAAUUCCCAAUAUUCAAAUUCACUAUAGUUAGAUACACAAUAAUGAUGAUUAACUUAUUUUUCUACUUAAAUUUAUAUUAUAUUUUCGAAAAUUGUUUUAAGGUAGGUACUUGAAUUGAAAUGUAUUAAUCAACAUUUUGAAGUUUUUGGAUUAAAUGACUUAAUAUUUGCUGUUUUCUCUGACAAAUAAAUUAUUCACUAAUGAUUUCAAUUUUCAAAUACACUAAUUUUGUUACCCACACCAAACUAUUAAUAUAAUAUGUACUACCAACUUUUUCAAUUUAACUAUUCAAGUAUUGAUAUUCAAUUUGAUCUAAUCUUGGCAAAAUUGUUAUGUCAAUUACAGAUAUAUAGUUUGGUAUGGGUAAUAAAAUUAGUGUAUUUGAAAAUUAAAAUCAUUAGUGUAUAUUAUAAUAUAUAUAUUAUUUAAUAUUCUCAUAUUAGUAUACACAAAUUGUUUUGAAAGUAAUGAAUACAAUUUAUUAAAAUUAUAUUAUAUGAUAACCUAUAAAUAAUUCAGUCAUGUAGUAUUUUUUGUUUAAAAUUUGAAUACAAAUUUAGUAUAAUUUUUGGUAAACAUACAUACUAUUACUACUACUGUUUCUAUUCCCCCUGAUGUAAUUCCAGCGGAAAGUAUCCAGGUAGGGUUGAUGAUUAUUGCUGGUUGAAAAAAAACAUCUUAUUACCUAUAAUAUGUGUAUAUAUAUAUAUUUUUAAGUUAUUGUGAAAUUGGGAAGUUUUGAAAAGUUAGAUUUCAUUAUCAAAUAGUAAUUUAAUUUGAAUAAAUAAUAAAUGGGUGAUUUCAUUAAUGUGGUCGUACUUUUCACGUUCAUUUGUGAUACUAAUUAGGUACCUGGUUGUGUGAUCUCAUUGUGUUAUUUGUACUACAAGCCAUACCUAGUUGAAUUAUUUAAUAACAACCAAAAUGUGUGGUUGAUUAAUACAUUAGUAUAUAAAUAACCAUUUUUAACAAAUAUUAUAUAUCGGUAAAUUUAAAAUAAAAAAUUAAAAACAUCUGUAUGUGUACUUGAAUUUUCUGUUUACUGUUGAAUUUUCAGAGGACAGGAAUUUACUUACUCAUAUUUACUAAAGCCAGCAAAAGAAUAAUAUUUAAAAAAUUUAAUUUACGUACCUAAUACAAAAUAAUUUGAACAACAGUUGAAUGAAUUUCCAGUGACAUUAAUAAAAUUAACUAUUCUUCUUAGAAACAUAUUAUUGCUACAGUUGCAUUGUGUAUUUCAAACACUAAAUUAUUAUGAUUAGGUAGAGAAAUAUAUUUAAAAUUUUAUAAUAUUUAUGCUAAUCAAAUUAAUAUCUAAAAUGCAUUUUUCUGUAUUCUUUGUACAUAAUUUGAUCAGUACUUCAAAGUUAUAGUUUUACAAUGACGCAUAUUUUUCUUUUUUCGCUGACUUUCAAAUAAAUUCAGUAAGUUAAUAUGUUCUUAUCUAUUAGAUAUUUUCAAUUAUUGGAAACAAACACUAAGAUAAUAUUUUAAACAUAAAACUUUUACUAAUUGACAAGAUUUUAUGAGUUGCAUGGAAACAUAUCACAGUGAUGUAGUGUGUCUUGACACCAGGUGUGUUAAUUUUACCGUAAUAUGCUAAUUAAAAUUAAUGUAAACUUACUGUGCAUUUAAUCAAUAGUUAAGGAGUGAAUAUUAUUUAUUGUAUAUUUUUCUUCCUGCGGUACUAAAAAUUAAUCAAAUAGUUUUUGAAUCUAUUACUGUCUGUCUCAUACAGACAGAUAGCAGACAUCCAUUUUUAUAUAUUAAAUAUAGAUUAUAGAUUACUAUUUCAUUGAGAAUAAUUUUUUGUUUGAAGUGAUUUAUUAAAAUUAUUUGAUUAAUUUUAAACCAAACUUAUUUUUACAACAUUUUAGUAAUAAAUAUUUUCAACUAAUAUUUAAAACAGAAAGUGACAUAACAACAGAACAAAAAAAUAUUUAUUUAAUAUAUUAGUUAUGAUUGGUAAAUUAACAAAAUAUAAAAUAGGCAAGAAUGGUGGAUGAUCAAAUAAAUAUGGGUGUCGAAAAGUGAUACAAUAUUUUAUAGAAAUAGAAUAUGAUAACUUUACAGUCACUCAGUCACCAAAAAGCGCCUCCUAUCUUUCCAUACUCGGUGUGCAAUCUUCUCUUGUCUAUUGGUAUAAGGUCUAUGAUUUUUAAAAGUCAAUUUUUAAAGUUUGUUAUUUAAAAUAUUAUGAAGAAAGUUAAAUUACCAAUUAGUGUUCAACAGUUAGGUAACCCAAUCAUGAUUCCUUGUUCCUAACUUCGUUUUUAAAACUCCACGUAUUUUAUAAAAUAUAUUAAGUACAAAUACUGUUGUUUAUAGAUUUGAAUGCUUUUAAAGUAAUAAGAAUUGUGAAAAACUUGAAAUAUCCAUCCCUAUGCAUUGCAAUGGUAUAUUAUUAUUUUAUUAAAUAAAAAAAAAUACUAAAAAUUUAAAUAUCUAAUGACUUAUCUAUAAUAUCAUCUGUUUUCAAAUAGAUCUAAAUUUACUGUUUUAAAUAAAAGAAACAUAAUGGCAUUAUUAAACUAAUUCCUGUAAUAAAAAUUUGAAAAUAUUAAUUAUUUAUCAUGCUGAAUUAUGUUUUAUAGAGUAUUUUCAAACUUUGUUAGUUUGGUAGAACUACAUUUGACAAGCGCAUUUGCUGAUAAUGGUGUUGCAAACAUUUCUACUGAUCUGUAUGAAGUAUUCCAGAACAGUAAUCUGACUCGCUUGGCCAAACUUCAUCUUGAACACAAUAAGAUAAGUUCCAUUAAAGAACCUCGUGUCUUCUGUCCAUUAAGCAAUCUACUUGACUUGCAUCUCAGCAACAAUCUACUUACUGGUAUUCAUUUUGAUAUAAGCUGUAUGUCUCAUUUACGUUUCAUAGAUCUAGAAAGUAAUCGCAUACGCGGAUUUCAUGAAGAAGAUCUCGCCAUCUUAGAUAGUGCAGCAGUUCGCUCAAAAUUAAACAAUAGCACUUUUGCUGUUGACUUGACCUUCAACCCAUUUUCGUGUGGCUGUAACAUUGAAAUCAUAUAUAAUUGGAAACGAAACACAAAUGUAAUUGUUCGUAACGGAGAUUUAAUUGUAUGUAGACAAGAUGUGUUAGGAAACCCACUCGAUCCUUAUGCUGAUUAUCAUAAAUUUAAUUGUCCAAUCCACACAACAUUAGUUGACCAUAAUCACGAGGGACACACAAUGGUAAUAUUGUUUGUAUUUGGUGCUGUAAUUCUAUUUUUGGGAGCUGUAUUGUAUGUGUCGAGAUUUGGAUUAAAACGAUUUAGACCAGAGUUUAAUACUUCUUCGAGGAAGAUACAUUAUACAACUAUUGACAAGUGUGAAGAACAAGAAAUACAAUAUGUAUGAUAAUAUGAAAAAUGAUUAGUGGUGUUAACAGUAUGGCAUGUGGAAAUUCCGACUCAUGCUUUAGGGAAAGACUGAUAAAUAUUUGUAUUUUUUUUUUUUUUUUGAUUCAAUUAAUGAUUUAAAGAGUAUUUAUGAAUUGUUACUCUUUUGUACAGUAAUGUUAUACAAUUAUAAAUGAAAAAUUUUAAAAGAAAACAUUUUAAUAUUUUGUUUGAAAGACAUUUUUAAUUGCGGCAAGUUUAUUAUUUUUAUUUUAUUUAACAACAUUAAGAAAACGACUGUUAUUUACUUAACAUAAUUAUUAUUUUUUUAAAUGAUUUUAUAUUGUCGAUUGUUGACUUAAAUAUUUGUUGAUCUCUAAUAUCUCUUGUUCCUUUGAAGUAUCUCUAUUUGUAGGGUGAAAGUAUGGCCAGUCGGAUUUUCCACAUCUGUUAAUACCUAAUCUCCUUAGUAGCUUCAAAACAUGACGCUUUGUGUUCAUUCACAUCAUGUAACUGUUAUAAAGAAAACAUAAAGUUGACUUUACUUAGUGUCUAUGAUUAAGUUGUACAAUUUAUAAAAAAAAAAAAAAAAAAAACUAGUGAGAUGAUAAAUAAACACACCGUCCCAAUUUGUUAUUAUUUUAAAUUAUUUUUUUGUUGCAAAGGUUAAUAUAAUUUAAUUUUGAAAUGAAUGAGCUUUUACAUUUAUAUUUAUGUAUUUACAAAAUAUGCUAGUGAUUUUUAACUAGCAAAUGAUUUUUGAAUGUUCUUUAGUUCAGUUUCAUGUUUUUAACAAUUCCUAUAUUACUUUCUUAAUCUUACAACAUUUUAACAAACUUAUUUUUAUUGUAAUUGGACAAUUUUUGUCAUGACAUUUAGUAUAACAUUUAUAGUCAUCACUACUUAAUAUUUAUGAUCAUGACAAAAUAAAUAUUUUGUCGUGAAUAUAUUGUAUGCCUUUAUUAUUCAAUUAUCUAUACUUACGCCUUUAAUGGAUUUUGGAUAUUGUAUUCUUGUUAGACAAUCAAGAAACUCGAGGAGAAUACCAAUGGCUUUUUCACAACAUGUUUGCUAUUAUAUUGAUUAAUAUAAUGUAAUUUAAAUCGUAAAUUUAAUGUACAUUGACAAUGUACUCUAAAAAUUGUUAUUUUAUGACAUGUCCAUAUAAAUUCUCAAGUUUCUUGAAUUACAGUACUUAUAUUUUGUGAUUUAUUUUAUAGUAUGUACAUAUAUACUCUUAGGAAAUUUAAUUUAUUUUUAGAGUUAUAAAUUACACCUAAUUAAUUAAUGUACUUGGCAAAAAUUGAAUUCUUGUAUGCAAUAUUUUACAGUGUACAUUUUUUAUACUAUUGUUAAAAUUUGUUUCUUAUAGUAAAUCUAUAAGUUUAGUGAAUUAAUAAUAUUUCACAUUUUUUACUCUUCACUUGUAAUCAAUACUUAUACUUAACUGCUUGUUAAAUAUUUAGAAAAUUGUUGACAAUCCAAAAUUGCAUAUCUUGGAUUCUAAUGUUAAUGUUACACUAAUUUAAAAUAUUAUGAACUAAUCUUUAAUAAAAUUAUGACAAUGAUAUUUAGGCUGCUUUUACUUUUCUUGAAUUAUUAUAUGUAGUUUGUUACAAUUGUUUUAAAUUUUAAAGGAAAUGCCGUCUGAAUAUUAAUGCAUUUUCGUAAGAAAAAAGAAAAUGUGUUUUAUAUAUUUAACAAAUUGUUGAUGUUUUUGUUUUGAGUCUUGGAUUUUAUAACAUUGUUUAUAAUGUAUAUAUAAUGAGUUGUGAAAACGCACUUAACACUUUGCGCUCCAUUGUUGGAUCAAAUUUUUAAUACAAUUAUUAUAGAUAUUUUAAUGUUGGAACAUUAUUUGUUUUUAUAUGAGCAACGGUACAUCAUACUAAAAUGUAUUUAGUUGCUGAUCAAUCACAUAAUAUUCUUUUUACAGAACCAACCUAAGUACACGUUUAUUGUUACUACUAUUAAAUACCUAAUAAUAUAUUAUAUUAUGGAGCGCAAAGAGUUAAAAUGUUGUUUAUUAUUAUUAAAUAUUAUUACAUAAAACCAAAAAAAUGAAUAAUAAAAAAAUGAUACAUUACAAGAUAUAUAAUGCCUUUUUAGUUUUUAAAUAAAAACCAGCUGUGUUAAUAAACAUUAUAUGUACCCAUAUAU